UAAAACAAUAGGAUUUUCACAAAAGGUGUACGAGAUUUUCUUGGGGUGAUUUGCCCCUCAGCCCACGCCACAAAUUUCAAGGUGGAGGGGCCAAGUUCUAUAAACUGAACUUAGAUUUCGUGCUUCAAAACAACAGGGCCUCUGUAAAUAGCACGUUUAGCUGUAUUUCUCUUGUGUGUCAUAACCCAUUGGCUUUUAUCAGGAUUAAAAAUUUAUAAGAACCACAAACCUACAUGUUUUAUUCGUAUUUCUUUUUCAUAAGAAGACCUCUCAAUACGGAAGGUUCUUUUGUGCGGGUUUUUUUGGCUACUGGUGUUUCUUCCUAUGUCGUCAAAGACCGUCGACAUUGUGCAGAUUCAAUUGUGAAGUAGGAAUAAGGGUAUUGACGAUUUGAAACGGUUGGGUGGCGCUAUACAGAGUGGUCUUGCGUUCCGAUUUGUUUAUUUUGCAUAGAGAUAGGAUAAUAUCUAUGUUGUUUUAAGAGAAGGAACAAAAUUUACAAAGGAAUUGCUCAGCGAAGCCAAAGAAAUAAAGACGGUUCUCAUAGCAAACAUGGUUGCCGUGUAUCGGCUUGUUUUGCUUUUAUGUUCCAAUUUUGUUGGAGUUUUUUCGAAAAAUGAAAGUGAACUGAUUACAGCACUAUUGGCAAACUAUAACACAUAUGUUAGGCCAGCUACAGAGAGCGGAAUGCCUGUCUAUGUGAGCUUUGACCUUCGACUUACGAAGCUCGUUAGGCUGGAUAUCAAGGCACAGGAAAUGGUUAUAAAUGGAAAAGUUUUGAUGAAAUGGCAAGACACAAGAUUGACCUGGAGUGCUUCGGAUUACAACGGCACCAACCGUCUUAUUGUACCAAACACACUCUUUUGGACUCCUGACAUAAUGCUUCACAACACUGCUUCUGAUACCAGUGUCUCUGGUACGGAUGUGUACAAAGCACACCUUCGGGUGAACAAUAACGGAACCGUGUUAUGGAUGUCACCGGUGACCCUUCACUCGUCUUGCGACAUUAACAUUAAGUGGUUCCCUUUUGAUUCGCAAGUUUGCGCGCUGGUUUUUGGAUCCAUCUCUAUGACAAAAGAAAUGCUCGAUUUGAAGUUCUAUAAACAGCCAGAAAGUGUUGAAGCUUUUCGAGACAAGUUUCACUAUUCAAGUGGUAUAUGGUCUGUAGGCGAGCUGAGCUCACAGUUGAUCUUCCAGGUUUAUGACUGCUGCCCUGACCCAUUUUCGCUGAUGCAGUUCAAGCUAAAGGUGGCACGGCUACCGGCCUACUAUGUCCUAUAUCUAGUCCUUCCGUGCCUCUGUCUCUGCUUCAUGUCUCUCUGCAUCUUUUUCAUACCACCUGACACUGGCGAAAGAAUAGGUUUUGGGAUAACAGUGGUUUUGGCGAUGAGCGUAUACUUGCUCGUUAUUUCAGAUAAAUUACCUGAAAAAUCUAACCAACGGCCACUUAUUGGUGUCCUCUAUAUCAUUUUGUUUUUCAUAAUGAGUGGUACUUUGCUGGCAGUUAUAUUUACAACCCACUUGGCGUUUAAAAGAACAAAGCCACCUCGGACACUACGCCAUUUCUUUUGCAAUAGGUGCCUUAAGAAGAAAAGGAAAAAAGAGAUUGACGCACAUCGCUUUGGGAAUGAACAGCCAGGGACACACAUGAACGAAAAAGGACACGAAAACCUCGAUAGAAACAACGACGAUGUUAUUGAGUUGACGCUGCAUCGGAGAAGGACCUUCUUGCGGUCGAGCUCGAAUCUUCACCGCGAGUUUGCCUUUGUGUCCCCAGAGGAGGAGAAAGAAAUUGAAAAUCAAGAUAGGUGGAAAGAAAUUGCAGAAAGCUUCGACCGAAUUUUUUUUUGGAUAUUCGCCACGCUGUCUUUUGUUGUGCCUAUCGUAACAACACUCUCCUAUAUGAAUGGAUAACAAAAUAGUGUUAAAAAACAAGUCAACUUCUGUUGCCCUACAAACGUACACACGACUUUCAAAAUAAUCUGGUAUUUUAGCAACUCGAGCAGAAAGCAGUAAUUGGUAUGAAAAUUUGAAAUACUCUGAGAAAACUUUAAAUAAUUUUCAAUACAACUCUAAUGAAACAGUUUUUCAUCAUGAAUAUCGUAAGUCAGAUAUCCUAAACAGUAGCACAGAAAAAAAAAUGUUUCUGAUAUGAGCAUCGCACAAUCCUUGAACAAUUUUCAUUGCGAAGCAUUACUUGGAAUUAAUAUAGAUUUCAAAAAGAGGCUGCAGAUUUUUAGCAAAAACAAAGCAGCCUGACCAUUUUGAUUAAGAAAUAAUUUUCACUGUACCUACUAGGGGUCAUUUCACCAUUGCAAUACAACAAGACUGGUUUUUAUUCGCAAGCUGUUAAUUUGUAGUUAACUGGUCUCGCAACAAUAAUCAGGAAUUUAUUUUAUAGCUGCAUUGGAGGGCUUUGUUAGCUGUGCGUUUCAGGCACGACUGGCCCAGGAUUAGCUGAAUAAGAUUAUCUAAAAGCAAUUUUGCCAACAAUUGACAAAAAGUGCUAAAUAUUUGUUUCAACCAACAAUUUAGCAAAAGUUUGGGCUCUCAUCCUCACGCCCUCCACACAACCGCAAUUGAAGCAUUUAACUUGAUAAACUUUAUGCAAUAGAAUAUCAGAUCAUC